GCUAAAAAUCUAAAAAAAAUGAUUGUAUUGUGAAGCGGGGUCACUACUGUCUUAAUCAAACAUUUUUCACUCACCUGUACUUAAUAGAGUCCAACGCAUUACAAUGAUUAAUGAUCCCCCUUAACCAGAAAAUGUACGCUCCUCUCUGUCUUUCUUCCAACCAAAUCAUGUCGUGUCGCCUAAUAUAAUCCUCCAAAAAUUAUUCAAAACCCAAGCUGCCAUCACUCCAAGCAAACCAAACCUCACCUCGCGUUAUAUAUCACUUCACCAGCAGGUCUCGGGGAGAGAGAGAAGGAGAAAAGAGCAAGAAAAGAUCAAUCGGAAAGCCAAAGCGAGCGAGAGAAAGAAGAAGAAGAAGAGAGGGAGAGAUCCAAAAAGCUCGCUACUAACCUCUAGCUGCUCCCCCGCUUUUGGAUUCGGCGUCGCCGGCGUCUCGCCCCGUCGCGUCGCGUCGUGGCGUGGCGUGUGUUGGUGAGGAUACGUACAGGUUGUGCGCGACGGUGAUGAUGGACGGGGAUGCCCGGGCGAGGAGUGGCGAUGGCGCCGGGGCGGGACCUGGCGCUGGGGCGACGUCACCGUCGGCGUCGUAUUUGAGUGUGGAUGGCGAUGACAAUGGUGGCGCCAGCGGGGCGAAGGUGUGGGUGCUUGUGCUGCUCUUCUCGCUGAUCGUGCUCAUGUUCUUGCCGUCGGCGGUGCGGCGAGGCGGGCCAUGGGGAGGUGGAGGAGGUGGAGGGGGAGGGUAUCAGCGUGGAGGUGGGGGGAUUAGUUUGAAGAGUGGCUGGGACGUCGUCAACCUCUGCCUCGUGGUGUUCGCCAUCCUGUGCGGGCUGCUUGGACGCGGCGGCGACGGGGAGUCUUCCGGCGCGGCUGCUGCUGCCGCGGCGGCGGCGGCGGCGGAGGAGGGUGGAAAGAGCUCUUCUCAUCAUCAUCACCAUCAUCAUCAGGUGUCGCCGUCCUCGACGGCGCCGACUGCUGAGGCCGUGGGGGAGGAGCCGUCGGUUGCGGAGGUCUGGGCGAGCUUCAACACGUCGGCGGCAACGACGAGCUACGCCAACAACCAGUACGGGCACACGGGGAUCCGGCGGCUGAAGAGCAGUAGCUCGUACCCGGAGCUGCGGCUGGACAGCGACGGCGUGUGGGGCCUCACGUCGCCUGAGGCGGCGUGGAGGUUCUACGACGACGCCGAGCUGUACCGGACGCGGCGGCCGGAGCGGGCCGAGCGGAGCUGGGACGUGGAUCCGCCGCUCAAGCGUACGACGACGCCGGAGUUGAAGACGAUCCCGGUGGACACGUACGAAGUGCGCCGGAAAUCGCUGCCCAAGGAAGAGAGGAGGCGGAGGCGGGGCAGCAUCGAGAGGCUCCCGAGCAUGGCCGAGAUCGUCGAGGAGAGGCCGCAGCCGCAACAACCGGUGGAGACGGUGACGCCGACGCCGCUCGCGAGGAGCAGGAGGUGGAAUCCUGACAUGUUGGACGCGGUGCUGGAGCAGGAGACGCGGGUGCGGGUGGAGGAGACGGUGAUGCCGACGCCGCUGGCGAGAAGCAGGACAUGGAAUCCCGAGAUGCUUGGCGCGGUGCUGGAUCAGGACACGCGGGUGGAGGAGCCGGCGAUGCCGGCGCUGACGAGGAGCAGGCGAUGGAACUCCGAGAGGCUGGACGCGGUGCUGGACGAGAUGCGGGUGGAGGUGACGCCUCCUCCGGCGCCCGUCCGGCAACGACGGCGCAGCCGCAGCGUCGAGAGCCUGCCUGGAUUUGAGGCAGAGAGAAUCGUGGAAGAGAUCAGGAACCCCCUCCCGUCGUCAUCGCCGGCCAUGUUCCCGCCGGGAACGCCGCCGCCCCCGCCUCCGCCUCCUCCUCCGGGGACGGUUUCACGGAGCAAGAAGAAACGGAGCGGGAGCGUGGGCGGCGCCAAGGACCUCGCCUCCGCCAUUGCUCUGUUCUACCAGAAGAAGCGCAAGAGCAUUGGAAUCAAGAGCAAGAAGAGGCACCACCACCAUCACCACCACCACCUCUCCGAUGACCACUAUUCAUCGCCGUCGUCCGACACCUCGGCGAGCCCUGACGCCACUGUACGCACCAACCCCAACCCCGCUCCGGCGGCGCCGCCGCCUCCCCCUCCCCCGCCGCCGCCUCCAUCAUCCAUCUUCUACAACCUCUUCAAGAAAGGCGGCAGCAAGAGCCGCCGCAUCCACUCCGUCGCGGCGCCGCAUCCGCCUCCCCCACCUCCACCUACCACCCGCCGAUCCUGGAAACCCCCACCGCCUCCGUCCCGUCCGGCUCCUCCUCCGCCGCCGCCGCCUCAGGGGAGGCCGCGCGCGCAGGCUUACCCACAGGCGCAGCAGCCGCCGUUUUAUCCCAGGCGCGCUGUCGUCUACUACACCUACCCGCUCCCUCCGCCGUCGCCGCCGCUGCCUCCGCCUCCUCCCCCGCCGCCGCCAAUGUCGGAGGGGGAAGAGGAGGCCCCUUCCGUCACGGCGUCCCCGGCGCCGGCGUACUGCGCGAGCCCCGACGUGAACGCGAAGGCCGACAAAUUCAUCGAACGAUUCCGCGCCGGGCUGAAGAUGGAGAAGAUCAACUCGUACCGGGAGAAGUGGCAGAGGCAGAUCCAAGACGAGUCGUCGGCCGUGGCCGUGGCCGAGGACGAGGGGGAGUUCAUGGUCAUCGGCUCCCUCUUCGACGACGACGACGACGAAGACAUCAUCUCUCUGCCGGAGACGCCGGCCACCGCCACCGCAACCGCCGUCGCCGUCGGCUUCUAACCAAUCCAAUCCAAUCCAAUGAGGUAGCAACGCGAGGUGUGAUACUGACUCUGAAAAAAAAAAGGAAAAGUCAAAAAAAAGGAAAAAAAUCGAGGAAAAAAACAAAAAAAAGACAUUUGAAUUCCGUUUUGUUUUUUGGGGUUAUAUUCCCAUCGGAUUUAUUCUCUAUUCUUGGAUAAUUAGGAGAAUUAACAGCUGGGGUUAUUGAUCACUAAUGGAGAGGAUCAAUGCAGCCAGGGUGUGUGAAAGGGAGGGAGAGAUAAUUACUCCAUUGAACAGAGUGGUAGAGAGAGAGAGAGGGAGCAUUUUGUGCUUGUUUUAAAAUGGCCAAAAGGCUCUCUUGCCAUAUUGCAUUAGGUAAUCAAGGUGAUGUGGAUUA